UCAGAACGCGUACCACUACUCUCUCUCUCUCUUCUACUACCUACUCAUUUCUUCACUCUCCGCUCAGUCUAGAUCUCGUCUCUGCCGCGCGAAGCUUCCUUUUCGAUCCGUCCCUUCCUCGAUCCCCCAUCUCAACUAGAGUUUCUGAAGCCAGAUUACGACUACUCGAAGAUCAUGUAGUUGGAUUCUUUUUAUGCUUUGUGUAAUCCAGUAAUGGCAUCGAUUCGACGGACGUUAUCGCCCUAUCACGAUCGCCCGUACCAGAACGGCGAGGAUCCCUACUCUCCAAAGCUAUUUCCCAGCUCCAAAUAUUCGUCUCCAUUGCAGGACUUCGCGGCUCGUUUCCGCCGAUUCCUCGGGUAUCCGCCGCGGAAAGGCCAGCACGGCUGGAGACGAGCGUUCUACAGGUGUUUGUUCUUCUUCUUCUUGGGUUUCUUGCUGGGUUUGGUGCCCUUCGGCCACGUAGACGGCGACGACAUUCGGGCCCAGAGCCACGACUUCUUUGAGAUCAAGCCCCCGCUCCUCAAUGUUCACCAAAACGACCUAUUCUUGGCCCACCAGCGCGAGGCCUCCGACGAUCGUGUCUUGGUGGGCGAAGUGAGCUUGGGGGAGAGAGUGAGGUCCGAUUUGGUGCCCCGGAAGCAGCUGAUUGUGGUGACGCCUACGUAUGGCCGGGCGCUCCAGGCGUACUUCUUGAACCGGCUGGGUCAGGUGCUUCUGCUCGUGCCUCCGCCGCUCCUGUGGAUUGUGGUGGAGACGAAGGCGGCGUCGAUGGAAACCGCCGAGAUACUGAGGAAAACAGGAGUUAUGUACAGGCACUUGGUGUGCGCUCACAACUCCACCCAUGUCAAGGACAGGGGUGUGCAUCAGAGGAACACGGCCUUGGAUCACAUUGAGCGCCAUAGACUCGAUGGCAUCGUUUACUUUGCCGACGACGAUAACAUGUAUUCCCUCGAUUUGUUCCAGAGCUUGAGAGGAAUUAGCCGGUUUGGCACUUGGCCUGUUGCUAUGGUUGAACAAAGCAAAAACAAGGCCAUAUUGGAAGGCCCAGUAUGCAAUGGAAGUCAAGUAGUUGGAUGGCACACAAAUGAGAAAAGUAAGAGACUUCGGAGGUUUCACGUUGAUAUGUCAGGAUUUGCAUUCAACAGUACGAUCUUGUGGGAUCCAAAGAGAUGGCGACGCCCCACCUCAGUUCCAAUUCGACAGUUGGACACAGUCAAGGAGGGUUUCCAGGAAACCACAUUUAUGCAGCAAGUGGUGGAAGAUGAAACUCAAAUGGAAGGUACACCACCCGGUUGUUCAAGGAUAAUAAACUGGCAUCUUCAUAUGGAAGCCCGACAUAUCGCUUACCCUAGACGCUGGCUGCUUCAGAAAAACCUCAAUGUUGUCCUCCCAAUUAAUUGAAUCAAACUUCAACACUGCAAUUUUGAUGCCUUGAGAGUGUUUCCAUGCUUAUUGUUGGUGGUUCGUUUGUCCCUGGAUUGAUCUUUUGCUUCGAUGUUUCACCAUCGGCAUUAAGCAGCAAUACUUGUGCUCUGCUGGGAACAACAAAGAAAUACAAGAUUUGUGAUUUUUGUUUGUUGAAGUUUUCCAGCAUCAUAUUCUUUCACAGAAACGAAGUUCCAUUUUUGUUGUAGAGUUUGGUUGGUUGGCUGGUCGGUUGGAUGGUUGGUUGGUUGGUUGGUUGGUUUGUUUGGUUGUUUUUUUUUUUUCCUUUUCUUUUCUUUUUAAGAGAGGGAGAGGGGGGUGGUUAAUAGGACUCACCCUAUGCGGCCAAAACCUAAGGUGUAUGUGCUGUGGGGGCAGGAUUUCUUGUGGAACUUCACUCUAUAUGUGAGAGUGAUGUAGGCAUUGAUUGUAUUGGGAUAAAAAAAAAAUAGGCAUAGGCAACUUGUCCAUCA